ACCGUGCUGCUGCUCAAACAAGAUGGCUGUGCGGGAGACAGGAGCGGCGAGCUGAGGGCAACUAGAAAAGUGCAGAGAGGGUAUUAUCCCCGUGAGGCCGUUUCCAGCUAAGAAGACAACAUCCUUAAGGAGCGACCCAAGCGCUUUUUUGAAAUAAGACUUGUCCUUUUUUUCCUACAAAUCUGGCUAGUAGUCAUACAGAGCGAGCCAACAAAUCACGAAGUAGCCAGGCAGCGGCUCACCGGAGGACAGCCGGGAACCCUCACGCCACUGACAGAGAUGUCCCUGCUAUGUGUGGGAGUGAAGAAAGCCAAGCUAGAUGGACCCCAAGAAAAGUUCAACACUUAUGUGACUCUUAAGGUACAAAAUGUAAAGAGCACAACCAUUGCUGUCAGGGGCAACCUGCCCAGCUGGGAGCAAGACUUCAUGUUUGAAAUCAACCGCUUAGACCUGGGUCUAACAGUAGAAGUGUGGAACAAAGGCUUAAUCUGGGAUACUAUGGUUGGCACUGUGUGGAUUCCCCUCCACAGCAUCAGACAGUCAAAUGAGGAAGGACCAGGCCAAUGGCUCACACUGGACUCUCAAGUCAUCAUGACUGAUAAUGAGAUCUGCGGCACCAAAGAUCCCACGCUUCACCUGGUGUUGCUCGACACACGGUUUGAGCUGCCUCUUGACAUCCCAGAGGAUGAGGCGAGGUACUGGGCCAAAAAACUGGAGCAACUUAAUGCAAUGAGGGACCAAGAUUACUCAUACCAAGAGGAGCAGGAACGUCCACUUCAGGUUCCAGGCACUCAGUGCUGUAAUUGGAGUUUAUGGGGAGACCAACAGAAUGACGACCCAGACAGUGCAGUGGAUGACAGAGACAGUGACUAUCGCAGCGAAACCAGUAACAGCAUCCCCCCUCCAUACUACAGUACAUCCCAGCCCAAUGCUUCUGUCCACCAGUAUCCCAUCAGCCACCAGCACAGGAACUCCAGAAACCUUUCUUACCCACGCUCGACCAACAGCCAUGACCUUGACUACAACCAUCAGAGGACUGUUAGCCCCACUGGAAGCUAUGCAUCAUCUGCAGAGUUGAGUCGAUGCAGCAGUCAGCUGAGUGAGGAAGACUAUGGCGGAGAGUAUGGAGAGAGGGACCCUUAUGACGAGAAUGACUCCUACCACUCCUGCCACUCCUCGGUCAGCUACAGCAAAGGAUCCCCAGACUGGGACCCUGAUGAGACCCAAGGGGCGUACAGUGAUGAAGGAGGUUACAGCAAAGAUGGAGGUGAGGAAGCAGCUCUGUAUGAAGAAGAAGACGGAGGAUUGUAUGAGGUAGAAGAGGAGGGCCUUUAUGAGGAUGAAGACUUGAUGUAUGAUGAUGAAGAUUUAUACAAUUUGGAUGGAAACCUCAGUGAGGAUAUGGAACCUCCAUUUACGCCCACCCCAACAUCAACUGCCCUGCCAGCUCUUGAGGUACCAAACUCCAGACCUCCACUGGAGAAGCAACCGUCAUUACACCAACAGCAGCCCCCUGCACAACCCUCACAUCAAACGUCCAGCCAGAGUACUCUAGGUGUUGGCCCAAUAGCACAACCUCCUUCUGGUCAGCAAACUUCUCAAACACCCAAACAGCCCCAAACACAGGCACAGCAAGCACCAUCUGCCACUUCCUUUUUCUCAAUGGCCAAACCUCUAACUGCUGCAGUCACAGGUUUGGCCUCCACGUUCCUGUCAUCUGUUCCCACUGCCCAGCCUGUCCAGUCUCAUCCCCCAGCUUCAGCUGCUUCUGAACAACAUCCGUCUGCAGCAGCUAACACUCUACCACCAUCCCAUCCUGCCACCAUAGCCGCCACUCAACCUCCCUCCGCUGCCAUGGGUCCUUCUCAACAGACGACAAAUUCUGUUCAGCCAACGUCUCUGCCUAAUGGUCCUGCCGCUGCACAGUCACCUGUCCCUGUGGACCAGGAAUUCCAAAUCAAAGAGAUGCCCUGGUUGGAGGAGGAAACUAUACAGGAGGAGACUAGGGUGUCUCCUGACCCCCCAGAGGAGAAUCUUAGCAUGGAUGAGAAGGAUUACAUUGAAACAAGCAAACCACUAACCCCAGAGGAAAAAGAGAUGACACCUGAGAGUCCUCCAAUUAUGGAGGAGCCCAAAGAGCCAGUGGAUCCUGCAGUUCGAGCCAAAGACAACUGGCUAAGACUCUACAACAAAGUCUUAGAUCAGCUUCGGGAGGCGCGAGGAGAAACCUCCAGCUCGCUCUGGUUCAGUAAAGGAGGGAUGGGAGGUGCACUUUACAGUAUUGACAGCAUGCCAGACCUUCGUAAGAGAAAAGCCAUUCCUCUUGUCAGGGAUUUGGCAAUGUCUCUAGUACAAAACUCUCGGAAAGCUGGAAUUACCUCUGCCAUGGCCUCAACCACCCUUGGAAAUGAAGAAUUGAAGAGUCAUGUUUAUAAGAAAACCCUGCAGGCUCUUAUCUACCCCAUCUCCUCCACAACUCCGCACAAUUUUGAAGUGUGGACAGCCACCACCCCCACCUACUGUUAUGAAUGUGAAGGCUUGCUGUGGGGUAUCGCUCGACAAGGCAUGCGCUGUUCAGAGUGUGGCGUCAAAUGUCACGAAAAGUGCCAGGAUCUUCUAAAUGCCGACUGUCUACAGAGGGCUGCGGAGAAAAGUUCCAAGCAUGGAGCAGAGGACCGAACCCAAAACAUCAUCAUGGUCCUAAAGGACCGUAUGAAGAUCAGGGAGAGGAACAAACCUGAAAUCUUUGAGCAAAUCCAGGAAGUGUUUGGACUUGACAAAUCAACACAUGCAACACACAUGAAACAGAUCAAGCAGAGUGUGCUUGAUGGGACCUCGAAAUGGUCUGCAAAGAUAAGCAUCACUGUGGUGUGUGCCCAGGGACUUCAGGCUAAAGACAAAACUGGUUCUAGUGAUCCAUAUGUCACAGUCCAAGUGGGAAAGACCAAGAAAAGAACAAAAACAAUAUAUGGCAACCUCAACCCAGUUUGGGAAGAAAACUUUCACUUCGAAUGCCACAACUCAUCUGACCGCAUCAAGGUGCGAGUGUGGGAUGAGGACGACGAUAUAAAGUCUCGUGUGAAACAAAGGUUCAAACGUGAGAGUGAUGACUUUCUUGGUCAAACCAUCAUUGAAGUCCGUACGCUGAGCGGGGAGAUGGACGUUUGGUACAACCUGGACAAGAGGACAGAUAAGUCUGCUGUGUCUGGAGCCAUCCGCAUGCACAUCAGCGUGGAGAUUAAAGGAGAAGAGACUGUGGCUCCUUAUCAUGUCCAGUACACUUGUCUCCAUGAGCACCUGUUCCAGUACACCACUGAGGAGCAAAAUGGUGGUGUGGUAAAGAUCCCUGAUGCCAAAGGAGACGAUGCCUGGAAGGUGUACUUCGAGGAGACGGCUCAGGAGAUUGUCGAUGAGUUUGCCAUGCGCUACGGAGUCGAGUCCAUCUACCAGGCUAUGACACACUUUGCCUGCUUGUCAUCCAAAUACAUGUGCCCUGGUGUCCCCGCUGUGAUGAGCACCUUGCUUGCCAACAUCAACGCUUACUAUGCUCACACUACCCAGUCAUCCAACAAUGUUUCUGCCUCCGACAGAUUUGCUGCUUCAAACUUUGGCAAGGAGAGGUUUGUCAAGUUGCUGGAUCAGCUACACAACUCCCUGAGGAUUGACCUCUCCAUGUACCGGAAUAAUUUUCCUGCAAGCAGUCCUGAAAGACUCCAAGACCUCAAGUCUACUGUGGACCUGCUGACUAGCAUCACAUUCUUCAGGAUGAAGGUUCAAGAACUGCAAAGUCCCCCCAGGGCGAGCCAGGUUGUGAAGGACUGCGUGAAAGCCUGUCUCAAUUCCACCUAUGAGUACAUUUUCAACAACUGUCACGACCUCUACAAUCGAGAAUAUCAGACAGAUCCUUCAAAGGCGGUCCCUCCAGAUGAGCAGGGUCCCAGCGUCAAGAACCUGGACUUCUGGUCCAAACUCAUCACACUCAUUGUGUCCAUUAUAGAGGAGGAUAAAAACUCAUACACUCCUUGCCUUAAUCAGUUUCCACAGGAACUAAAUGUGGGAAAGAUCAGUGCUGAGGUCAUGUGGAAUAUGUUUGCUCAAGACAUGAAAUACGCCAUGGAAGAGCAUGAGAAGCAUCGCCUUUGUAAAAGUGCAGAUUAUAUGAACUUGCACUUCAAGGUGAAGUGGCUUUAUAAUGAGUACUGCAAGGAACUGCCCACUUUCCAGAAACAUGUACCUGAAUAUCCAGCAUGGUUCGAGCCAUUUGUCAUCAUGUGGCUCGACGAAAACGAGGAAGUAUCUAGGGAUUUCCUACAUGGAGCUCUGGAGAGGGACAAAAAAGAUGGGUUCCAGGUCACUUCAGAGCACGCCUUGUUCUCCUGCUCUGUGGUGGACGUGUUCUCUCAGCUCAAUCAGAGCUUCGAAAUCAUCCGCAAACUGGAGUGUCCCGACCCUCAGAUUGUUGGUAACUACAUGAAGAGGUUUGCAAAGACCAUUGGCAAUGUCUUGUUGUCUUACGCUGACAUCAUAGCCAAGGAAUUCCCAAAUCAUGUGAAAAAGGAGAAAGUGCCAUGCAUCAUCAUCAAUAACAUCCAGCAGCUCCGAGUUCAGCUGGAGAAAAUGUUUGAGGCAAUGGGAGGCAAAGAUCUCAAUGUGGAGGCGAGUGACUUCCUGAAGGAGCUCCAGAACAAACUCAACAGCGUCAUGGAUGACCUCAGCCGUAUCUUUGCAGUCAGUUUUCAGCCCCAAAUCGAGGACAAUGUCAGACAGAUGGGGGAUAUCCUUGCGCAGGUCAAAGGUCAGACUGUGCCGGCCAAUGGCACCGUAGUUCAGGAGGCAGACAAUGUUCUGCAACCCAUCAUGGAUUUUCUGGACAGCAACCUGUCGCUGUUUGCAAAAAUCUGUGAGAAGACCGUUUUGAAGAGAGUGCUGAAGGAGCUGUGGAAACUGGUGAUGAACACCAUGGAGAAAACCAUUGUGCUUCCAACGCUUACGGACCAGACGGGCACUCAGAUGAUCUUUAAUGCUGCUAAGGAAUUAGGCCAACUGUCAAAGCUCAAGGAGCACAUGGGCCGAGAGGAAGCCAAAGCGCUGACUCCCAAACAGUGUGCGGUCAUAGAGCUUGCACUAGACACCAUUAAGCAAUACUUCCAUGCUGGUGGCGUGGGCCUGAAAAAAACCUUCUUGGAGAAGAGUCCAGACCUUGCAUCACUGCGAUACGCCUUGUCUCUGUACACACAGGCCACGGACAAACUCAUCAGGAAGUUCGUCCUCUCACAGAACGCUCAGGUCCAUGGAGGCAAAGGGAUCCGCUGCACGCCAAAUGAAGACACACCACCAGAGAAACCAUCAGGGGUCGAUGCAGUUGGUGAGGUGGUCAUGCACGUUGACAUUCUACCUCAACCUAACGGCGAGCACAAGAUCAGUAUUAAAGUGGUGGCUGCUAACGACCUGAAAUGGAGGGCGCAAGGUUUCCGGCCGUUUGUGGAGGUCUACAUCAUCGGCCCUCACCUUAGUGACAAGAAAAGGAAGUUUGCAACCAAAUCCAAGAAUAACAGCUGGUCUCCUAAAUUCAAUGAGAGCUACCAGUACUCACUGGGCACCGAGGUGGGUCCGGAGAGUUACGAGCUGCAGGUGUGCGUGAAGGACUACUGCUUCGCCAGGGAGGACCGCACGGUGGGCAUGGCCGUGCUGCAGGUGAAGGACAUCGCCAACAAGGGCAGCGUCGCAUGCUGGCUGCCGCUGGGGCGCCGCGUGCACAUGGACGAGACGGGCCUGACGGUGCUGCGCAUCCUCUCGCAGCGCAACAACGACGACGUGGCCAAAGAGUUUGUCAAGCUCAAGUCGGACCAGCGCUCGGCCGAGGAGGGCCGCAGCUGAGGGGCGGUAACACAAGCACACAGCUGCUCUGUUGUACACACACCCGCGUACGUGUUUUGACAUGCAAUGCAAAGAGGGGAUAUCUUUCUAUCAAUUCAUUUGGACAAAAAACCCCUUUGCUUCAGGUUAGCCACUCAUCCUAGCCGCACCUUUUUCUACAGCCCACGCUUCCACACCACAAGACCCCUGUGAAUAGUUGGAGGAUGACCACUUUGCACUUUGGCCUCCCUGUGUGAUCAGGAGAGCAUCUCCCGUCGUUUUGUCUGUCCGUGUGUGUGCGUGUGCGUGCGUGUGCGUGUGUUGUUCUUCCACGCCUGCGUCUCACGUACACAGGCCUGAGAUCAGCUUCAUACAUGUAGGAGAUGACACCUUGCUUAGAUCAGGGUCCACAUCGCUGCUCGUCCGUCCUGUGCUCUAAUUAACGUCCUGCAUGUUAACCUCUGCCCCCUUCCUACCAACACUGUGAUUGACUUUCUGUAACCAUAGCAACUACCCACCUCUUCCCACUACAAAUGGGCGCCUCCUAUCUCUGCCCAGCGUGAGCAUGAUGCAUCCACUAUUUAGGAUCUGCUAACAUGCAUUCUUCAGCCUGUGGCGUUGUGUUUCCUUUAGGAGCAAUACACACAGUGUGGAGCACAUACGCAACACUCCGAUGCACAUUUACUUUAAAAAGGGCUACAAGACCCCCACCCCAUCUUCCCUCUCCUGCUCUGCCAUACAAACAUGCCCACUGUACAUCCUCGAUGGAGGCGAGAGUUCAGAGAUUGCGAGCAAUACGUACGCGCUGUCAAUCAAACGAUAUCAAACCCGAAUAAUUGCUAUUUUGUGUUCAGUGUGCACCUGUUCUUGUUUAAAGUUAGUCGACCUAAGAAGGAAUGUGUUUUCAUGUCCUUAAGUGACUAUUUGCCUUGAGAAGGACCAAAUUUGCACGAAGCAUAGCUCUUACUAGAUUUUUAUUUCAAAGAAGAGAAGCCAUCCGAGUCAUCGCCAAGCAUUUAUGACGUAAUCGUUUAUGUUCACUGCAAAAACCAACAUCAUCCAGCUCGUCCUGUGGUCCAAAUAAUGAUGUCAUCGACUGUCACAUGUACUGUACAUGUACUCGUUACUGUUCAGUUCUACCAAAUACUAUAAUGCUGAAUGUUAUUUCUCUGCAAGAGAAGCAUAUUUGUCCAAGUGUCCAGUCGAAGAGGAGCACACUCGCCGCGCAGUGACAUAGUCGUCAUGUGUUGUCAUCUAUAAUGUGCCAGCACACGUCGCUGAUCAUCCAGCAGAGGGCUCACCACCUGCUUCAUAGCGUAAACACAUGAAAAACACAGCAAUCUAUGCUCAAGCACAAAGGGCCAUGUCAGAUGGCACACAUGCAUGCAUGCACGCAGACAUCUCCAUGGAAUGCAUCCAGUGCUGCCCACCUGUCAAUAGAAAUCACAACUGCAUGAUGGGAGAUUUCUUGUGCCAGCGCGCGUCUCUUUUCGAUGUUUCUUUUCCCGUGUUCACUUUUAUUAUGAUUUUCUGUAUUGUUAUUUAAUGAUAAAUCACCCGUUUUCUGUUUUUCUCCAGAUAGUGUGAAUAUGUCACCUGUAACCAAUAUGAAUGUAGUGUGAACACAGAAUUCGCAUGAGAGGAUUAUUUUCUACUGAGGAUGUUUCUAAUUUGUUUCCUAUCAUAAUGGAUUGUUCUUUAAAAGAAGAGGAAGUGGACCUGGAAUGCAGCCUGUCUGAUCUGCUUCCUAUUAAAAGGACAUUUGUGUCA